ACUUUUCAUUUCAACAUCAUUGCGAGCGAAGUUCGCGCGAGUUACUGUGCCGUCGUGCUAGACACCUGUUUCGAUAACUUUGACUAGAAAAAAUUACGUGCGAUUAAUACUGUGACACAAACACUAUCCUUUUCGAUGUGACACUUACCGCUUAUUGUUCCGCACAGGAAAAAUAAGGACUUUAAUUCAAAAUGGAUGAGGUGGAGGAUAUUAUGUGUGACCAGUGCAUUCUAUCUCCGGAGUUUAACGUACGAUUCAUCGAUAAAAAAUCGUACUUGGUAGUUCCUGCAACAAAACUAUGGCUUGCCGUCGACCUCCUGGCUCGCGCCCUCUUGCCGUCUGUAGCCAGCGUCUAUUCCGCCUUCUUCAGAAACCCCCAGAACGUCGUCUCCAACGUCCGAAACCAGCUCAUCCCAUCCCUAGCCGCCUUUCUGGCCAACAGCGUCUCCCGCUCCUUAGCCUCGGUGCAGAGGAUAUCGUUCCCCCUCACCAUAAGAAUAAUCAAGGUCGACGAGAACAAGGCCAUAACCUCCGGCGAAGAAGAAGACCUGACGCCGGAAAAGUCGGUGGAGUGCUUGGUCCUCUCCGAACCCGAUGAAGAAGAGAUCGAGGCGGACGUGAUUUUCAUUCAUGGGCUGCACGGGGGUAUCGAUAAGACUUGGAAGCAGGGCACUUGGAGGCACAGCGGGCACAAGUUGACGCAUCAGUCGCCCAUUAGGCGGCAGUCCACAGGCGACUUAUACGUGCCGCCUAGGCAGCAGUCCCUCAAGCGCACCCUAUCCGAGAUCUAUUCGAAGAUCCCCAACAAGAUAGCCAGGAAGGACGAACAGAUAUGCGUGGUUGCGAAGGAACCGGAGUGGGAGGACGAGGAGUACGCCGAGGAAGACGUCGACUACAGCAAGUGCUGGCCGCAGGAUUGGAUACGCAAGGAUUGCCCCAACGUGAGAGUCAUAGCCUUGAAUUACUCAACCGAUGUCCUGUGGUGCCCGAUGUGGGCGAAAAAAAGAAAUCGAACCGACAUGGUUGUGAGAAGUCAAGAGAUGAUCGAAGAGCUCUUAAAACUGGGAGUAGGAAGGAAACCCAUCAUAUGGGUGGGACAUUCUAAAGGAGGACUUUUCAUCAAGCAAAUUAUAGUAAACGCCUGGGAAAGGAACCAACACAGGCCAGAAGUCUGCGAACUUUUCAGGCAGUCUAAAUCCAUAAUGUGGUACAGCGUCCCUCACAGGGGAUCAUCGCUGGCAGAUUUCACUUUGCCGUUACUAAGACGCAGCGUGGAGUUACUCGAAAUACAAAGAAAUUGCGAGUUUGUGCUAGAUUUGCACAAGAGAUUCUUGGAGAUCGUUCAGAAUAACGAUUUGAACCUCGAAGUCUUCAGCUUCAUAGAAACUUCAUUUACUCUCAUGUCUUUCAUUUACUUGAAAAUCGUCGCUUAUGACUCAGCAGAUCCGAAUAUCGGCAUAAAAUGCGACGUCCCGCUGGACCACAGGGAGAUAUGUAAACCUGCAGGCAGGGACUGCUUCUUGUACACGGAACUAGUGAAAUUGAUAAAUAGGUGUAUCGAAAGACAUAGAUGAGAUUAUUAAGAAAUAGCGGCGGUAAUAAUAGAGAAAAUAUUGACAAACGUAGACUGCAAACUAGUACCUUAUAAACGUAGCUGUUAUUGUUCAAUUACGGUAAAUACAGAGAAAUAUCUAUGUUGAGAGUUGAUUUAAAAAAAUUAGAAGUAGGGAGGUAAGAAUAAUUAUCUUUUUUUAAUAGUAAUGUACAUUAUAGGUACCAGCUGAUUUUGUACAAUGCAAGUAUAUUAUAUUUAUUUUUUAUAUAAUAGUUAUGUACUAUUAAAGGAAAAGAGAAGUAGUUCCCCAUAUUUUAUUUUAAAAUUAUGUAUUUUUCUCCUAGAGAUAGUAGUCUUUAACCAAGUUUUUCUUUAAGUUUAAAGAAAUCAUAUUCACAGAAAACACUUAAAUCGUAGUACAAUUUUAUGUAAUUAAAUCGUUAUGUUCUUAAAUAGGGUGCAUUCGAUGUAAUUUUAGCAAAUUAAUGUUGAAGGUGUAUAAUAUAUAAAUUUUAUAUUCGGGGAAUUCGCCAUAAUUUAUUAAAAAGUAAUGCAAUAAAUACAAAUAUGUGUAUAUAUAAAAUAUAAACAAACUCUUCUGUGAUUUACCUUCUAGUUAGCUUUUCACUUGUAUCAACCGAGUCAAAGAAAUGUUUUUUUUCUUUAAUGUAUUACCAAGUUCGAAACUUGAAAAACUUUGGCUCAGUUUUGUUUAAAAUAGUAGAUCAAGAAGCGAAAUGUGAUGUUAGUAUUAAUUAUACCAGUGGACGAUAAGUCUUACAUGCAUAUUAUUGAUUAUUAAAAGAAGAAAUAUCUAUUUAACGUUAAUAACUGUAUCAUAGGGAAAUAUAUCUGUAAGGGAGUUGCGAUUUCCUUGUACGAGCAUUUAUAGCUAACUACAUAUCAAAAUGAAAAAGACGAUUGGGGAGAACUGUAUUUUUAAGUAUUUUGUCUCAAUGCAAUUUAAUUUUAUCUUGUAAC